AUGAGCCCAAAUACUUGUUGGCUUUGCAAGAUGUUGAGAGCAGAAGAGAACGGGAUCAGUUCUAGGGUGUCUUUGGAGGAAGUGCUACAGUGGUCCCAGUCUUCUGAAAACCUGGUAACAAGCAAAGAUGGGCCUGUGAUCUACAAGAUCUUGAAUACAGAACACAGUGAUGAAAACAGAGAAUUCUGGCUUGCCUGCGAAGCUGAUAAGAAGAAAACAUUGCAGAGGAAAAGGAUUUCCAUGGCCAGGAAGCUCUUUACGAGUUACAUCCAGCCCCAGGCACACAAUGAGGUAAGCAUUGACAGUCCUGCAAGGAAAGCAAUUAUAAGGAAUAUUCAAGAGGCACCACGGUCCUGCUCUGAUGAAAAUCAGAGAAUAAUCUACAGGAACAUGGAAAGAGGUUCCUACCCACGAUUUCUUGAAUCACAGCUCUACCAAAAGCUCAAGCACAGUCUUCAAACUAAUGGCAACAAUUCAAUGAGAAAUUGAAGAGAAUGGUUGAAAAUGUUAAAAAGUUUAUUCUGGCACGCAGGGGUUUAAGAUUUAAAGAAGACAGGAGAAAUCAGGCAG